AUGAGUUCACUUUCCGUUACAAGGAAGUAUCAACUGGCGUUGAUCACUUUUGUAAUCUACACUUCCACUAUAUUUGUAACAUAUUUGGCUAUUCAAUCAUCAAGUUCAUACUUGCAGGUAACCAUAAAAUUGACGAAAGGAUUGAAUGUUAUCAUAUUGGUAUUGUUUGGUUUGCUAAAUGUUGCGUUUAUAUGGAAGGGUCUAAUGUAUCUAUUAUUUUCGUCACUGAGAUUAAUCGAAUAUGAACAUAUCCUCGAACGUUUACCUUUCACAAUUAUCAAUUUCUGCCUCUUAUCCUCAAUGUUUAAUGAAAGGGAUAUAAUUAUGUCCAUUUCAAGUUAUGGAAUGAUUUUAAUUUUUAUGAAAGUAGCACAUUGGGUGUUAAAGGAUAGAUUAGAAAGUCUAUUACAGUCAAUGAAUGAUAACUCAAGCAUACGGUCCUUAAUAUUUUCGAAUAGAUUUUUCUUAAACUUGGGAUUAUUUGCAGUUAUUGACUAUCAAAUGAUGAUGCAAUGUGUAACGAAUUCAAUUAAAAACUCUAUGGGAGCAUCCACAUCUAUCCAUUUAUUAUUGGGUGUUGAAUUUACUAUGUUAUUGGUAGAUUUAGUCAAUUUAUUCUUACAUACUUGUUUGAAUUUAUACGAGUUUCACAAAUCAAUUGAGGAUAGAAACCUAAAUAUUGUUGGUGAAGAUGAGGAUGGUUUGGUAGAUGAUGAAGAAGAAUUUAAUGAAUUAGAAGGUAAAUUUAUGUACGAAAAAGCAAUCGAUAUAUUUACCAGAUUUUUAAAAACUCUAUUACAUCUACUAAUGUUUAUCCCAUUCAGAAUGAAGAUAGUUCUAUUGAAAGAUGUGAUAUGGGACGUAAUAACAUUAUAUCAGAGCACUGUAAGUUUAUGGAAAACAUGGAGGAAUAGUAAACAAUUGGAUGAAAAAUUACCUACAGUCUCUUUGGAAGAAUUGAAAUCUAGUGAUAACGAUAUGUGUAUUGUUUGUAUGGAUAGUUUAAUCAACAUUGACUUUAACUCCACAGAAGAAACAGAAAAUAAAGAGAAAGAAGAGCAAAUUUACAAUGCUGCAAUUCAUUCGAAACAAAAACCAAAGAAGCUACCUUGCUGUCAUAUUUUACAUUUAGGUUGUUUGAAAAAUUGGAUGGAAAGAUCACAGACUUGUCCAAUUUGCAGGUUGUCAGUUUUUGAUAGCAAUGGAAAUAUACUACCUUUUAAUAAUACUAGAUCCGAUACUAUGAGAAAUACAGAACUUACUGCUACAAAUUCUAACGAUGCUGCCGAUGAGAGUACAGAAAAUGACACAGAGAUGGAUGCAUUGCUAAGUUCUCAAGUUCAAGAAAGUGUCGGUGAUACUUUGGCAAGAGAUAUAAACUUCCGUAGCUCAAUUGGCGAUGCAGACGUGGAGGGUGAAAAUAACGACAACUAUGAUUUAGAUAAUGAAUUGGAAAUACCCAAUAGUGAUAACCCUUCUCAGCUUUUGAAUUCAGAGUCACAAAAUGCUGAAUGUGAAUUCAAUAAUGUCAAAUGGAAAUCAUUCUUAAUCAAAUCUGUAAAUAAAGAAUCCAUAUCUUUUGAGUUAACUGAUCUAAAAAAUCCAGACCAGACCAUUUUAACAAAGUUGAUAAUAAAGGAAAAGCCAAUCUUGAAAGAUUCAAAAAACAUAAAACAGGUUGUGAUAAAGGAUGAAGACAUAUGGAUGGCUACCGAACCCAAGACUAUCAAAUCAUUAAAUGACAAGAUUAAUGAACUGGAGAGGAAAUUAAAGGAUAUAUCUUCAAAAAUAGACGAAAAAGAGACGGUUGAACAAUAG